AUGGCGAAGUUUUUUGGUUUCAACCUGCCCUUCUGUGAAAUUGCUCCUUUUUGGACUGGCACUGGGCAUGAGCUUUUUGAUGUGGCUGGAUUAAUUUACAGUGUCAAAUUAUUUGGGCCAUGCGGAAUUGCUUCCAAGGACAAGAUCCGGAACAGCCUGGGGCCGGACUCAAUUUCAGAGAUGAGUGUGAGUUGCGCGAUUGCAGCCCUCAAGCAUAAUGUCAAGUGCCUUUUGCCUGUUGAUGGGAAAUCAGAAUGUGCAGUAUGA